UUAUCGUUAGAAAUUCCUCAUGCACCACAGAUUUUUUUGGAGCGUGAACAAGCCGAAGUAGAGAUUAGUAUCGAUAUCGACGCAACGCGCUUACAAGAAGAAAUUUACGAAAUUGUUAUUUUAGGAGUAAAAAUGUACAAAUUGGUUUUGAUUCGACACGGCGAAUCAACAUGGAAUCUAGAAAAUCGCUUUACUGGGUGGGUUGAUGUGGAUUUAACCCCAGUCGGAGUGCUUCAAGCCCAACAAGCCGGUCAAACCUUACUUGAUCAUGGGUUUUGUUUUGAUAUUGCCUAUACCUCCGUUUUAAAGCGAGCCAUUCGGACACUCUGGUAUGUCCAAGAUGCAAUGGAUUUGAUGUGGAUUCCAACCGUUCAUGCAUGGCGUUUGAACGAACGUCAUUACGGUGCAUUAGCAGGGUUAAACAAAACCGAUACGGUGGAAAAAUAUGGCGAGGAUCAAUUACGAUACGCCACCUCCCGCACUCGAAUCAAACGA